CAUACAGGAAGAGCGUUCAUUGUUUUGGCGUUUCCUGAUCUACAUCUGUGGAGUCUCGCCGAUUAAAAAACAACAACGAACACCUCACAGUCGAUACAUUUCUGGCUUCGUCACCAUGACUCACUGGUUCCACCGAAACCCUCUGAAAGCAACGGCGCCCGUGUCCUUCAACCUGUAUGGAGUGGCAUCCAGCCCUGCUGCCAAUAAGAUGUGCAAUGACCUGAGGACGACACGGGCCAGGCUGCUGGACAUGUUCACAGACACCACGUGCACUCCAGAGAUCAUGAAGAAAGCCAGUGAUGAAUAUUUCGCUCUCUUACAGGGUUUUAUUUUGCCGCUGGAUGGAACCACGCAAGAAAACAAGCUUCGCUUCAUCCAGAACUUCAAAUGGACUGACACUUUACAGGGAAACAUUGCAAGUGCUCAGCAGGAUGCAGUUUUUGAGUUGGUGUCAAUGGCGUUUAAUGUGGCCAUCUGGUACACCAAGUUUGCAUCAAGACGGGCCGGAAAGGAGAACAUCACAGAGGACGAGGCCAAAGAUGUUCACAAGAGUUUGAAAAUCGCUGCUGGUAUAUUUAAGACUCUUAAGGAGACUCAUAUCCCUCGUCUAAUCACUCCAGCAGAGAAGGGUCGAGACCUGGAGCCCCGAGUCAUUGAUGCGUACAUUGUUCAGAGUCAAGCAGAGGCACAGGAGGUGACCAUUGCCAGGGCCAUUGAACUGAAGCACAACGCCUCCCUCAUCGCAGCACUGGCGUAUGAGACGGCAAACUUCUACCAGAAGGCCGAUCACACUCUAAACACAUUGGAUCCUGAAUGUAGCAGUAAAUGGAAGAAAUACCUGCAGCUCAAGCAGCACUUCUAUAUGGCUUAUGCACACUGCUAUCACGGACAGACUCUUCUUGUGGGUGAUAAGUGUGGAGAGGCCAUCAGAUCCCUGCAAGAGGCUGAGAAAUGUUACUCACGUGCUGAAGCAUUGUGUAAGGAAUACCGUCAGAUGAAGGGUCCCGGCAGCACGGCCAAACCCUCCGAACAGCUGUUCUUUCUGAAACUGGGAGCGCUCAUCAAAAACACACUGGAGAAAUGCCAGAGAGAGAACGGCUUCAUUUACUUCCAUAAGGUUCCUGCUGAAGCUCCAGCGCUGGAGUUGAAGGCCAGUUAUGGUCUGGCUGAACCAACUCCAUUUGAACUCCCGGCUCUCAGCGCUCAGUGCACACCUGAAGUCUACGUGACCUUUGACCUCACUAGAGGUCCAAAAGAUGACAAGGCAAAAGCAAAGCCUGAUGAAGAGAUUAAACCAGUGAAGGAGCCCGAUCUGAAGCCGCAGAAAGACACGGGCUGUGUGCUCUCCUAAACACCAGGAGAAACUUCAACAGAUGUCCAGCAUGUGCAGGAGAUGUAGAUGAGACUCUGUUCUCUUUUCCUGUAAAGUAAUCCAACACAAUUACUCUAAUCUAGUGGAAAUCUCUCCACAAAUACAUAACAAUGUAACAUAGUGAUAUAACAGUGGUGUCUGUGAUUGAGUAAUCCAAUCACUUAUCUGAUGGACAAUUAAUCGAUUAUGACAAUUAACCAAGAUGUAUAAUAUGAAUGGAUAAUAAGAAUAAUAUUACUAUUUGAUUUGUAGAGUAAAACAGAUUAUUUAAAAGGUGAGUUGGGUUUUAUUCUCCAUAUAUUAGUGAGUAAGUUGUACAAAUAAAUUGACACUAUGGCAAUGUUGGUCCAAUAAACUGUUGCAAGAAAUGCAAAAAUUGAAGUCCUUAAGAGUGAAUCUUGCAAAGAAAUAUCCAUAUUUCACCCCAAAAUCAAAAGUGAAAAAUAAGAUAUUAUAUUUUAAAUAAAGAACAAGAAGUUGCAUUGAAGAUUUUGCAUUGUGACAUUAUUUUCAUAACUCUUUAAAUCAUUAAAUGCAUAAUAAAAUAGUUUUAAAAACUAUGCAAUUAUUAAAUUAAUCAUUAAAUUACUAAAUAAAUCAAUGUCACAUUUUAGCAUUAGUUUGCGAGCACAAGCUUCUUGUCUUGUUACGGCUAACGGCACAUCACUCAACAACUAUUUAAUCAUUUUUAGCAAUCUCAUUUGUGAUUUUAUUUUAUUUUCACAUGUAUUUAAUGAUUUAUUUAAAUACUUAAUCUGGAGUAAUUUAGCCCUCCAUAAAUUCUCAUUAUCUGAAUACAAAAUCACAUUCUCAUUAACAUAAUUUGAGGUGGGGGGGGUCAUUCGAAUUACUGUAACAGUAAUGAAAAUCAUCCUUUCUGGGCUCAAUGGUUUUUUUUUUUUUUUUUU